AUGAUAAAAAAACACCAACUCAUCCACAGUGGAGUUAAACCUUACAGCUGUGAGUUGUGUGGAAAGUCUUUUACCCAGGCUGUAGGCUUACAAAGACAUCGACUCAUCCACAGUAGAUUUAAACCUUACAGCUGUGAUGAGUGUGGGAAGUCUUUUACCCAGGCUGUAAGCCUACAAAGACAUCGACUCAUCCACAGUAGAUUUAAACCUUACAGCUGUGAUGAGUGUGGGAAGUCUUUUACCCAGGCUGUAAGCCUACAAAGACAUCGACUCAUCCACAGUAGAUUUAAACCUUACAGCUGUGAUGAGUGUGGGAAGUCUUUUACCCGGACUGGACAUUUAAAAACACACCAACUCAUCCACAGUGGAGUUAAACCAUACAGCUGUGAUGAGUGUGGGAAGUAUUUUACCCGGGGUGGAGACUUAAAAAGACACCAACUCAUCCACAGUGGAGUUAAACCUUACAAAUGUGAGUUGUGUGGAAAGUCUUUUACCCUGACGUUAGGCUUACAAAGACACCGACUCAUCCACAGUGGAGUUAAACCUUACAGCUGUGAGUUGUGUGGAAAGUCUUUUACCCUGGCUGGAGGUUUAAAAAAACACCAACUCAUCCACAGUGGAGUUAAACCUUACACCUGUGAGUUGUGUGGAAAGUCUUUUACCCAGGCUGUAAGCCUACAAAGACAUCGACUCAUCCACAGUAGAUUUAAACCUUACAGCUGCGAUGAGUGUGGGAAGUCUUUUGCCCAGGCUGGACACUUAAAAAAACACCAACUCAUCCACAGUAGAUUUAAACCUUACAGCUGUGAUGAGUGUGGGAAGUCUUUUACCCGGACUGGACAUUUAAAAACACACCAACUCAUCCACAGUGGAGUUAAACCAUAA